UCACUGUCAGGAUUUGGGGACAGUUAUCAAGGAGUAGAAGGGGAGCGCUGAAAUAGUGUGAGUGAAUGCGAGACAGUAAGCGAGAGAGUGAGCUAGGGAGAGAGAAAGAGAGAGAGAGCUUUAGGCAGGCUGGACGGUUGCUAUGACACUGCAGUCUUUUUUUUCUCUCCAAGGAAUGUGUCUCUCUUCUUCUUCUUCUGGCCAUGACCCUGGCGGAUACUUUACUCUCGUUACCCACCCAUAGAGAAAGAGGAGAAAACAAAUGAACAGGCGCACAGAAGGGAGGGAGAAAAGAGGAGGAGAGGGAACCCUGCCCUAAUACAACGCACUACGGGCUGGACUGUGGAAAUUAACGAAAUGUGUCUACAUCAGAACGGAUAGACAGAAAGGGAGGGAGGCCGAGGUGAAGAAAGAGAGAGGCAGUGAGACAAGUAGCAGGUAGACCUGUAAAACAGCAGCUGCGGGAAGGGGGGACAGAGGAAAAGCAGAGAGGGUGAGUUAGAGAGGAGGAAAAAGAACGAACAGGAAAACAAGACAAGGAAAGUGGUAGAGCGCUCACCUAAUGGAAACCAAAGAAUGCUCUCCUCAUUUCAGUUACCUAUCCUUUUCUUGUGGAUCUUUCCCUUCACUCAUCCCCACACAUUCACCCUCAGUGUUGUCUCUUGGUCUGCACAUCUUCUCUCUUUUGAACUUUUCUGCAUGUGAGGGAAAGUGAAGCCAAGACAAUGGGCACUGGUGAACAUUCAGAAUCAAUUCCAACUGGAUGGAGUACUAGCGUGCGUUCUUAAUGAAGAAGUGGUUCUGGUGUAAAAGAGACUGAUUGGCUAAAACACUGUCGUCGUCGACAGUAGCUGUUUUCUCUGCCAGAGCGCACCUGCUCCGGAAUUUCUAAUGUUACCAGGUGUGACAUAUCACUCAGCCAACCGACCAGAUUAGAGCAGUUCGGGUAGUGCCAAGCGCUCCUGCGAUUAUGUGCGUCCGAUUGAUCUAAGAUUAGCAGGAAUUGGAAAAACAAAAUCUUAUUUUUCAAGUGAUAGACAGCUGUACAGUAGUUGUGGGAUUCAGGAAAGGAACAUAAUAACGAACAGGUGUUGUAGGAUUAAGCAAAAGGAAACCGGAAUAUACAGGUGUUGUAGGAUUAAGCAACGUAAGAAAUUUGAGGUGAUGUGUUUUAAUCUUAGCUGGUCUAUCACUGCAGGGGCACAGUUGGACUACAUGCCUGAUCGUGCUUCAGUUUCUGUGGUGAAAACACGGUAGGCUGGUUAGCUUAGAAACUAUUGGGAACAGUUGCUGUUCCACAUUACUGGCACCACAACUCUGAACAUUUGUCCCCUGAGGACACGUUGUUUGGACUUUGUGUCUCUGUUCAGGUCUUAAGUGACUUUUUUUGUGUGGGCUCUCAAAGACCACUUGAAGCUCUUGAAGGAACGGGUUGAAUUAAAACUUCAGCUGUCGCUAGCGUCUCACCUCCAGUUCGUCCAUGAGGCGCUCGAGCACGGACGAGACGCCGUACCGGCGCAGUCCCUCACUGGACAGCAAGCCCGAGACGCCGCCCUUCACCUCGGGCUUCCACAGCUACAGUGGCGAGUACGAGUAUAAACGUCCGCCCUUUGCGUUUGGCUUCCACACGGCGCCUGGGCCGCAGGCGGCUAAAGGCCGCUACAACACCUCGCAGGGGAAGAAGUAUGUGGUGUUUUACCUGGACCUCUCCUUCAUCUUCCUCCUAGAGCUGCGGCGCUGCAGGAUGGCUGAGGGAUGCAUGAGGGGCCUGCGUUACGGCAUGGUCUUCUUCAACCUCCUCUUCUGGUUGGGGGGUUGUGGAAUACUGGGCGUGGGGGUAUGGCUGUCAGUGACCCAGGGCAACUUUGCCACACUCUCCUCAUCCCUCCCAUCCCUCUCAGCAGCCAAUCUACUCAUUGUGGUAGGGACCAUCAUCAUGGUGAUUGGUUGCCUCGGCUGUGUCGGAGCUGUCAAAGAAAGUCGUCCGCUGUUGCUGAGCUUCUUCAUCCUCCUCCUUCUGAUCUUCUUCUUGGAGAUUCUGUCCAUCACGCUCUUCUUUGUUUACCAAGACCAGAUUGAUCACUAUGCCCAGAGGGAUUUGAAGAGGGGACUCCAGCUCUUUGGCACCGAGGGCAACGUGGGCUUGACCAACGCUUGGAUGAUCGUACAAACGGAUUUCCGCUGCUGUGGCGUGACCAACCAUACGGACUGGUUUGAUGUGUACAACGCCAGCCGUGUGCCUGACUCCUGCUGUCUGGAGUACAGCGACAACUGUGGCCUCGAGAACCCAGGGACCUGGUGGACUGCGCCAUGCUACGAACGGGUGAAGGAUUGGCUACAAGAGAAUCUGGUGGCCCUGUGGAUCUUUGCUAUGUGUACGGCACUCACACAGAUUCUGGGUUUGGUGUUCUCUAUGACGAUGUUCUGCCAUGCAGUCAAAGUGGAGACCUUCUACGCCUAGCUUUGCCCCCAAAGGACCCUGGGAAUGAGGGCGGCACACACACCCCUCCCACAGACCCUGUCCCUCUACUCUUUCUCAGCGACACCCUCGCAGACCAAUCCUCAUGUCACAUCUUCACAACAACCUGUACUGUUAAACAGCCACAAUGCCAUAUCAGGAGCCGAUGGAUGGUUUUUGCUCAAUUAAAUGUUAUUCGCUCAUUUUGUGCUCAACGUGUACAUGUAAUAAUAUGUAGAAAUACGCAUAGAGAUGUAAUCCCUUUUUUUUUUUAAGAUGUUUUAAAUUAUUUUGAAUCACUCUAUAAUCUAAGUGUUUUGAAACGAGAGGAGAGCUAAGGAAUGCAGGUCGGGAGUGCAUUUAGUUAAACAGCCCAUGCAAGUACUGAAGUGCAUGGCUCUUAUAGUGGUGUUUACUGAAUGUUUGGCUCGUCCAAAUCGACUUAUCCUUGAGUUUUUUUUUCUUCCACCAUCAAGAAAUAUAGUAAAUUAGAAUCCAUUGUAACAGUGAAUUCAUGAUAACUUAUUUAAUGAACUAGUUAAUCUGGAGGGAUUUAUUACAUAUAAAAGGAAUAUAAGUAUAGCAACUUCAAUACUAAGAAUGUCUGGAUGUUCACAAAACCCAUUAAAUUAGACAAUGGUCCCAAGGCCCAUCUCGUGUGUUGCACAGAACAAAACCAACGAGUCAUCCUAGGUACUAAAAUGUCUCGAUCUCGCUGUCACAGACUCUGUCAAGAUCCUCGACGACGUCUCCCUGCUGUGGCCUAGGGGCAUUUCUUUUUCACAGUUCUCAUCAAUGUUAUUACAUUCACAUUGACCCCAACUUCUGUGUGACCCCAUAAAUAACCAUUCCUUUU